CAGCGGUUGUUCUAGUGGAGAAACCCCGUAGUGCCUCCCCGAACAGCAGCGCCAUUCGGUAACUGCAACAGUAUCCAAAAUGGCAGGAGCCGAUGGAGACGACUCUCUUUACCCUAUCGCCGUCCUCAUUGAUGAGCUGCGAAAUGAAGACGUCCAGUUACGACUGAACAGCAUCAAGAAGCUGUCUACUAUUGCUCUAGCUCUUGGCGUAGAGAGGACUCGCACUGAACUCCUUCCCUUCCUUACAGACACCAUCUACGAUGAAGAUGAGGUGCUUUUGGCAUUGGCAGAGCAGCUUGGCAACUUCACAAUGUUGGUGGGAGGACCAGAGUAUGUCCACUGUCUCCUGCCCCCUCUGGAAAGCCUUGCUACAGUUGAAGAGACAGUAGUCAGAGACAAAGCUGUGGAAUCCUUGCGAAAGAUCUCACAGGAGCACUCUCCAGUUGACCUGGAAGUUCACUUUGAGCCUUUGGUGAAACGGCUGGCCAGCGGUGACUGGUUCACCUCUCGCACAUCAGCUUGCGGCCUCUUUAGUGUUUGUUAUCCUCGUGUUUCCAGCACGGUCAAAGCUGAAAUUCGGCAGCAUUUUCGCACCUUGUGCUCCGAUGACACUCCUAUGGUGCGUCGUGCUGCAGCAUCUAAACUGGGGGAGUUUGCCAAAGUUCUGGAGUUGGAAUAUGUAAAAACUGACAUUAUUCCUCUUUUCACCGCUCUGGCGUCAGAUGAGCAGGACUCUGUUCGCCUGCUUGCAGUGGAGGCUUGUGUCAGCAUCGCCACUCUCCUGCCUCAGGAAGACCUGGAGACGUUGGUGAUGCCGACCCUGCGUCAAGCUGCUGAAGAUAAGUCCUGGAGGGUUCGUUACAUGGUGGCUGAUAAGUUCUCUGAGCUGCAGAAAGCUGUUGGCCCAGAGAUCACGAAGAAUGACCUGGUCCCAGCUUUCCAGAAUCUUCUGAAGGAUUGUGAAGCUGAGGUCCGCGCUGCUGCUGCUAACAAAGUCAAAGAGUUCUGUGAGAAUCUUCCAGAAGAUAACCGUGAGCAGAUCAUCAUGAGUCACAUCCUGCCCUGCGUCAAGGAACUGGUUUCAGACACCAACCAGCAUGUGAAGUCAGCCCUGGCCUCCGUCAUUAUGGGUCUUUCCACCAUUCUGGGCAAGGAUAACACAAUAGAGCACUUAUUACCUCUCUUCCUGACUCAGCUUAAGGAUGAGUGCCCUGAGGUGCGCCUCAACAUCAUCUCCAACCUGGACUGUGUGAACGAGGUGAUCGGCAUACGCCAGCUGUCCCAGUCACUGUUGCCGGCUAUCGUAGAGCUCGCCGAGGAUGCAAAGUGGAGGGUCCGCCUGGCCAUCAUCGAGUACAUGCCUCUGUUGGCAGGACAGCUGGGGGUGGAGUUCUUUGAUGAGAAGCUCAACACCCUUUGUAUGGCGUGGCUCAUUGAUCACGUGUACGCCAUUCGUGAAGCAGCCACCAGUAACCUCACCAAGCUGGUUGAGAAGUUCGGAGCUGAGUGGGCCCAGAACACCAUUGUCCCCAAAGUCCUGGGAAUGGCCAACGAUCCCAAUUACCUCCACAGGAUGACCACACUGUUCUGCAUCAACGCUUUGUCAGAGGCCUGUGGCCAGGAGAUUACCACCAAGCAGAUGCUCCCAGUGGUCCUGAAGAUGUCCAAUGACCAAGUGGCCAAUGUACGUUUCAACGUAGCAAAGUCACUUCAGAAGAUCGGCCCGGUGCUGGACAGCAGCGCCCUUCAAACAGAAGUGAAGCCAGUGCUGGAGAAGCUGGCCUCUGACUCAGACAUGGAUGUUAAGUACUUUGCCCAGGAGGCUAUUAGUGUUUUGGCACUAGCAUAACCAACUCAUCAUGGCUAAUCCAGAAGACCCCCUGAAACAAAAAUACCUACAGGUUUAGAAGAUAUUUAUUGAUGUUCAGGAACAACUGGUUGAUGUAUAGCGAAGCUGUUAACAAUUGUUUUAUCUCCCCUCUUUGUUUCUGUUUUUUUGGUUUCGUUUUUGUUGACUGCCCAGUGAUAGACCACUUCUCUGCUAGCACAGGCUUCUUUGCUGUAAAUGGACGCUUUUAUCCAGGCAAAGUGAUGAUUAAAAUUGAAUUAAGUGGUGCAUGCUGACAAAUGUGCUGCUGUACUCGUUAAGUGUUGCUAACCGCACACUCCCCCCACCACCACUCACAUUCCUGCGUACCUAGGACUGUGCUAGCACUCUGCUGCUGCACUUUUUCUUCCAGUGCUAGAUGGAAACUUUUUGCUGCAGAUGGUGCAACCUGCUUUUCUUUUUUUGCAAAUCUUCCUCUGGAACGUGCGCUCUGUUGAGACCCCGGAUCCGGUCGAUGAGGCUUAUUUUGUCCCCUCGCCAGAACAAACCUGUCGCUUCUUCAAUGUUUUACAGAAUAGUUGUCAGAACCAACCAACCCCUGGCAGAAUAUAUAGGGUUUAGGGGUCUGUAUUACUGCAUGUAAUUUGAUGAACCUUCUACAUGAUGGCAUGUUUUUACAAGUCUCACAUAGUCCUCCAUCUACCAGACUAAGGUGUCCUUCUGCACUGUUUGUUUCCUGCAGUAACGCCGAUUGAAUCGUUCAAACUAACGUAUUGCCUCAGCCCUGUGUGUCAUGGGGACCAACCCACAUUUAGCACGAUGCUCAUAACGACGUUUGUUUUUAGCGAGGAUGUGAUUUACUGUCAUCCGUCGACAGCUUUGCUCAUUCAGAAGCAGCAAUUUCUUUUUGUAUGCCUGGAUAAACCGCUUUGCUCGGGGGGGGGGGAAUUUCAGUAAUUGGUCGGUUAUUAUUGCACGGUAAAACAAAAUUGUUGACAGCUAUCACGGCAAACAGAAAACCACGGCGAUCUUAACGCCGACCAAUUUUUCCUUUAAAUUCAUGCCACGUCCUCCAUUCACAAUGAGGUCAGUGAACUUUGUUGCUUAGAAAACUCGACGUAAUGGAGAACAGCUGCAUGCUUUCAAAGAAAGUGGGUUAGGGGGGACCUGGAGCUUGUGUACGUAAAGCUGCAUAAUGUUUUAUUAUGGGGUUAUAGGGCGGGCUGAAUAAAUGUAUGGACUGUGUUAAUAAAAGAAACUUCUGUCUUUCCCUGAACUGCUCCUCCUCUUCAUCAUCUCCUCCCCUCUCAUUCCCUUCUCUUAAAUACCCCGUAAUUGUUGAUUUGUCCUGUAUCACAAAGACUGUGCUCUGAUUUUUAUUUUGACCUCUCUUCACAGUUGGGAAGUUGUACUACUGUAUCUUGAUCCAAAUAAAGUAACAAACAAGC